AUCUGAAAAUGUGAGAGUUGACACUGUAAACAACAACAAAAAGCUUCUGAGAAUUCGCCGGAGUUAAGAGAGAGAGAGAGAGAGCGAUCCAGCGGUUGAGAUGUUCUUACGGGCAAUCGGACGGCCAUUGUUGGCUAAAGUGAAGCAGACGACGGGGAUCGUCGGGCUUGACGUGGUCCCGAACGCGAGGGCGGUGCUGAUCGAUCUCUACAGCAAAACCCUAAAGGAGAUCCAAGCUGUGCCGGAGGAUGAAGGAUACCGAAAAGCGGUGGAAUCAUUCACGAGACACCGUCUCAAUGUGUGCAAGGAAGAAGAAGACUGGGAGUCGAUCGAGAAGCGGCUUGGUUGUGGUCAAGUCGAAGAGCUCAUCGAAGAGGCACAAGAUGAGCUCACACUCAUUGGAAAAAUGAUCGAAUGGGACCCUUGGGGUGUUCCAGAUGACUACGAGUGUGAAGUGAUUGAGAAUGAUGCGCCGAUUCCCAAGCACGUUCCUCAACACCGACCUGGUCCUCUUCCUGAGGAGUUCUACAAAACCCUUGAAGGUCUACUUUCAGAGGCCAAAACAGAAAUCCCAGCUGCUAGCUCCAGCGAUCCGCAGUUGAAGGAGUAACUUCAAGCUUCAUAAUUUGUGUACUUGUUGGUUUUUCUUUUUUUUUGGCUAGAGUUGUUCCAGAGACAGUCAAGCCUCUGAAUAAAAUCUCUUAAUAAUUUUGAAAACUAUAUAGCAAUGGCAUACGCUUUUCACAAAUGUUUUAUCGUCCUUGUUCAAAAAAACUAUGAUAAUACAAACGAUGUUUCUUCUU